CUUUCUUCCAGAACACCAGAACCCUAGGCAUCACCAUUCCAAUCCCACUUCCGCAAUGCCGCAAAUAAUUCAUUCCGAGUUGUAUCUAGUUUUCAACGUUUCCCUAGCAUAGGCUAAACUGUGUCUGAUGGCAAACUUGCCAUAGGCGCUGCAAUGACACUGCAGAAGAACGGGAGUUCCUGACUUCCUGUGUUUGGCGCACACCACCAUGAACCUCUCCACCACUACAAUGUCGAACGAUCUCCACGGACCACCGCGCAGCGUAGAAUCGCUGGCCAAAGAGGCCGCAGAUUUCGAAUAUGAGCCUCUGGUGCCUUUAAGGUACUGGUUGCGGGCUGCGGAUGCAAUCAACAAGCAGGCGCAUGCAUACGAACGAGAUGGAGAUGACCAGGACGCCUACCUCCUCCUUCUUCGACACGCGAUUCUCAUUUUCGAAAAGCUACAGUUACAUCCCGAAGCCAGACAGAAUAGAGUAUCCCUUACGCAGGCGAACAACGCCGUGAAAUCCAACCUCGCACGGCUCGAGCACCUCAAGCCGAGAAUCCGAGCGCGAUAUGAACGUCACCUUGAGCAGACCAAGAAACGGAAUGAUGAGAAGGAGCGCUGGCUGCAUGAACAUGGGCAGCCAAAGCGGUUAUCCUCGGAAAUGGAACGCCCAAGAUCCGGGUCGCGCAACCGGAAAUUUGCAGUGGAUGCGACGGAGCACCGAGAUUUGGCUGUGAAGUUAGCUAGACAUGAGUUUGGAUGGAAACGACCUCGUCGGAGCGUUGACCGGGUAGAUGUGGAUGAUGAUGUAUCCCAGGAUAUCGCGGCGGUUGGAAAGCGGAGCCAACAGGCGUUUGCUCACCGGAGCAUUGGAAGAGAGGGAGAAACGGCACCAUUCAAGGCGGCGCCGAUGCCAUAUCCCUCCGUCCCGAAGGGCUCCUCAAACCCAUUGGACUCUUUCUCCAACCUAUCGCUCAACACGCCUCCUGUAUUGCCUCGAAAGGAGUCCCUCCCACCCUCGCGACCUCGGAAGUUGAUCCACGAAGAUAUUCGGGCUAGCCCGCCUCCCCUUCCUCAAAAAGUUACAGAUACCCCUCCUGCCGCUCUUACUCCCCGAUCGAUGACUCCCGCGCCGGCAUCGAAAGACUACACCUUCAAACCCUCCGCGUUCGCCGAGAACGGCACGCCCCUCCGAACAAUCUUCAUCUCUCCCGACCUCCGUCGCCGAUUCCUCCAAAUCGCCCAACAGAAUACCCUCCGGAGCCUCGAAACCUGCGGAAUCCUCUGCGGCAGACUCAUCUCCAACGCGCUCUUCGUGUCGCACCUUGUGAUACCUGAGCAGGAGGCCACGUCCGAUACGUGUGAAAUGGUCAACGAAGAAACUCUCGUGGAGUUCUGUGACGCGAACGACUUGAUGACCCUCGGGUGGAUCCACACGCACCCGACGCAGACGUGUUUCAUGAGCAGUCGAGAUCUGCAUACGCACGGAGGGUAUCAGAUACAGAUGGCGGAGAGUAUCGCGAUCGUGUGCGCGCCGAGACAUGACCCUUCAUGGGGGAUCUUUCGAUUGACGGAUCCGCCGGGGUUGAAGUCGAUCCUGAAUUGCACGCGUCCGGGCAUCUUUCAUCCACAUGAGGAAUCAAAUAUCUACACCGAUGCGUCAAGACCGGGCCACGUUUGUGAGGCGAGCGGGUUGGAGUACGAGGUGGUCGACCUACGGCCAGGGUAGGCAUUUCGUAUAGCUGUAGAGAGCAGAUAUCACGGCUGGUUGCAUAUUCGGCAUAGCGAAGGCGUUUGUUGAUACAUAGAUCUGAUGAUCAAAUGAAUUAUUCCCCUCAAUU